GAGGGCGUGCUCAGUGUGCUCCUCCUCGCAGCCCCGCUCUGUGUGAGUGUCAGUGUGAGUGUGUGCUCGGUGUGUGUGUGAGUGCAGCGGCCAGCCAUGUCGGUGUGCUCGGAAGCCGGUUUCUCCAGUGAGGAUCUCCUCAGUCUCCGUUUCCCCCUGCACCGCGCCUGCCGGGACGGAGACCUGCACUGCCUGACCGCCCUGCUGCAAGGCCCGCCUGGACACACCGAGCUGCAGCUGGGCAAGGAGGACUCCUGCUACGGCUGGACCCCCAUACACUGGGCCGCACACUUCGGAAAGUUGGAGUGCCUUAUUCAGCUUGUUGGCGCUGGAUGUUCAAUUAAUGCCUGCACAACUCGAUUUGCCCAAACCCCUGCACAUAUUGCCGCUUUUGGAGGUCAUCCCCACUGCCUGUUAUGGCUCAUUCAAGCAGGUGCACUUGUAAACAAACAGGACUACGUAGGCGAAACCCCAGUCCACAAAGCAGCAAGGGCUGGUAGUAUGGACUGCCUGAAGGCUCUAGUGUCAAACGGGGCACAAAUAGACUUCAGGAAUGCCAGUGGCUUGACAGCAGCAGACCUCGCACAUUCCCAGGGGUUUGGAGAGUGUUCUCAAUUCCUUCUAAACCUUCAGAACAGUCAACUCAACGGUUUUUAUUUUAGUAACUCCUUAAAUGGGCUUCCUCCGAGCAUUCCACCCAACCAUUUCAAUGGGGGGAAUAAUCGUAAACGAUCCUUCACUGAUUUAGAGGCAUCAUCGGUAAAGAAGCGUAGAACUGAAGUGAAUGGCUUUUGUUUGUCUUAUCCACCGCACCUGACUGGAGACCUGGAGGAUGAUGAGAACAUGAAUGUAGAAAUUCACUCCGUGGAGAUAACAGAUGAGAACGGUAUGUCGCUCUUCGGUCCUUUAACAAAUGGACAAGCAACUAAUGGACGCACGGCACAGCUUGGUGAAAUGGAAACAAGUCCAGCCAAGUGCCUUGUAUCUUCCAAAGAAUUCAACAGCAACGCUUUGCUGAAUGGGAAAAGGGAGAGUGCAGAUGAGCACGGAAGGUUCACAGAAAAUAAUGAUGAGGUUGUUAGUACAUCAAAGUGUGGGUCCUUGCAUGCUGAUGGAAGUCCUAGCAGCUGGGUAUCUCAUAGGCCAUCUUGGCAUGAUGGUAUUGGUGAAAGUUUACAGUAUGGACAUUACCAUGGAUUUGGAGACACAGCUGAAAGCUUGCCUGAGCACAGUAGUGUGGUAGAACAUUCCAGUUCUGUCAAUGUUGAGUGCAAGUACAAUAGUACUUUCAUUAGCACUCUCCACCAGUACCAGGGCUUCUAAACCAGGAAACCUAUUUGUUUAGUGCAGAGAUUAGCUUGGGCACAAAUGUUCAAUUUGAAGUGUAAAUCACAACAAAGUGUCAUAAAUAUGUGAAAGAAAAUAAAAACAUUAAAAAGUGGUGGUGAUGGGGUGGGGAUUUUGCAUUGAGUUUGAUAACAUUUCACGAUGUUCUAGUUCAAACUGCCAGUAUAUAAAUAUAUUAUUUUUUUUUAGAAUGAAAUUGGAAAUAAACCUGGUUUGUUUUCUUUUGUAAAUGAAGACUGAAAAAGCCAGUGACUUUAUUUAAAAAAUAAAAAGAAAAGGGGGGCAUUUUGGUGGGUUGUUAAUUUUGUAAAAGCAAUUCCAAUUGUAUGGUGUGUUCAAAGAGCAUUGAAACUUUUGUUUAAAAAACAAACUUAUUUUGCUUUACUUGUGAUACUUCUAAUUUAAAACACAUUUCUUGUCCUAUGCAAGUUGUAAUUUAAAUUGAGGCUAAAUAUACCCAGAUAUAUUUUUGUAGUAUUCAAUUUAAUUCUUUUUAUUUGAUAGGCACAUUUCAUGCUGGGAAGCUAUGCAUUUGUCUGUUACAUGCCUAGACCAGCUCUGUACCCUGUUAUUACAUUUAUAGCAAGGUUAGCCCAUGUUAGUUUCUGUUCAUUGUAAAGACCUAUUUGUGGGGAUUUUUUUGUUCUGUUUUUCUUUAUAACAGAAUUAACAAAGGCAUACUUGAAAAGACCUAAGUUUUAUAUUUGAUAACAAAAACAAUCUUCCUUUGUAUUUACUUAUCGAUGUAUAUACUUUUACACCUCCUGAUUUACAUGUAUAUGUUUAGGUUUUUUUAUUUUAAUG